AUGAGUAGUGAAUUAUCCAUGACUGAAAAAAUGCUACCCGCAUCAUCUUUUACUUCGACAUCUAUUCGCCCAUCGUAUUAUAUCCGGGAACCAAACUUUGGCAAAUAUGAUAAUAUAGAGGAUAUUGCCGUUGUUUGGCUUGAUUCUCAUUCAAAUGUGUCACUUGAUUGUUUCGAUAUGAAAAUACGUUUAAGAUAUUUGAUUAAUCACCUUCUUACCUUUCAUUCAAUCUCAACAUGUUUGGAAUAUAUGAAUUCCGAUAUUGAAUAUGAAAAAGUAUUCUUUAUCGUAUCUGGAAGUGAUAGUGAAAUUAUUUUACCAGAAAUUCACUUGUCACCAAAAAUUCAUUUCAAUUAUAUAUUUUGUAAUGAUAAAGAGAAAUACGAAAACUUGUCACAAACAUAUUCAAAAAUUCGCGGCAUCUUUAAUGAUAAAGAUUCAUUAUUGAAAAAGUUAAUAUCUGACAUUACGUCGUGCUUGAGUAAUUUGUUACCUAUCAGUAUAUUAUCACAAGCCAGCGUUACUCAGAAGUCACUACGUGAUUUAUCGAAUGAAAGUGCUCGUUUUAUGUGGUUUCAGAUGUUAAUCGAAAUUUUGAUUAAAAUGGAGCACACAGAUGAAGCAAAAAGUGAUUUGAUUGAGAUUUGUCGAAAACAAUACAAGAAUGAUCUGGUACAAAGCAAAAGGAUUGAUGAAUUCGAGAAAACGUACACUGCUGAUAAGGCUGCCUCAUGGUAUACGAGAGAUAGUUUUGUUUAUCGUCUCUUGAAUAAAGCUCUCAGAACUGAAAAUAUUGAUAUCAUCUACAAAUUUCGUUCUUUCAUUGCUGAUUUACACCAGCAAUUGAGUGUCCUCCAAUCGACAGAGCCAAUCUCUACUGAUGAAUUUCUUUAUCGAGGCCAGAAACUACCUAUUGAAGAACUACAAUAUUUACAAAAAAAUAUUAAUGGUUAUCUUUCAAUGAAUACGUUCGUUUCUUUUUCCAGAUCAAGUCAAGCGGCCUUAUUGUUUGCUGGCAAGGGAGAAGAUCGGCCACAACUAGAAUCUGUUCUUUUUCAAACUGAAGUCAAUGAUGGACUAGCAAUUUUUGCCAAUAUUGAAAAUGUUAGCUAUUACAAAGAUGAAGGUGAGUUCCUAUUCACCAUUGGUAGUGUGUUUCGUAUAGCCGACAUUGAACAUAUUGGUAAUAUUAUUUGGGUAAUAACAUUAGUGAUAGAUACAAAUGCAAAUGAAGAUGUAGAAAAACUCUCCAAAUAUUUGAAAAAAUACUACACCGGUGAAUGCUCCUUAUUAAAAAUUGCAGAAAUACUGUUUCAAAUUGGUGAAUACGAUAGAGCUGAACAUUAUUGUAAACUAUGUAACGAACAAUUACAUGUAGAUCACCAAGACCGAUGCCGUCUUAAUCUACUUUUUGGCGAUAUAUUUCGAGCUGGAAAAGGUGACUUCCAAGCAGCUGAACAGUUCUAUGUCAGUGCCCUAAAGCUGGCUCAAGAUUCAUCGCUUCGUGCAUCCGUAUUGGCUGGAUUAGGAAGACUUGAAGAUGAAACCGGAAAAUACGAAGCAGCAUUGACCCAUUUGACAGAAUCAUUUGAUUUGAACUUAAAAGAACAUCCAAACACCACGAAUGAAAUUGUAGCUAAAAUCUACGCUGAUAUUGCCUUAGUAUAUCGUCAUAAAUUAGAUUUCACGAAAUCAUUAGAAUACUACAACCAGUCUCUCGAAAUAAAUCUUCAAUUACUUCCCGAUUUACAUCCCUCAUUGGCUAAUCUCUACAAUAACAUCGCAUAUUUAAACACCGUUCUUGGAAAGUACGACGAAGCAAUGAAAUCAUAUGAGAUAUCUCUAAAAAUUCAGCUGAAGUCUUUACCAAAGACGCACCCCGAUAUAGCCACCGUUUAUAACAAUAUGGCGAUAUUACACGAGUGUAACCAUGACUCUCAAUUAGCAAUGGAAAUGUUUUGCAAAUCGCUAGAGCUAUUUAGUGCCGUAUUACCCUCAGAUCAUCCGACAAUAGCUACUCUCUAUCAUAACAUUGGAACCAGCUUUCAUGAAAUCAAGAAUUACCCUAAAGCUAUUACUCAUCUAGAAAAGGCACUAGAUCUUCGCAAAAAAAUCUUACCACUAACACAUUUACAUAUAGCUGAAUCGUAUGAAUCUUUAGCAUAUUCAUAUUAUGGCGUUUAUGAUUAUCAAAAGACGUUAGAUUUCUGUAAUAUGGCUUUAGAGAUUGAUCCCACACGCGCCGCUCUUCACGAAUGCAUUGGAGAAACCCGUUCAAAACAGCAUGAUUAUGAUGGCGCUCUUGUUGCAUUUCGAAAAGCCAUAGAUUUAUGUAACCCACUAAUGAUGAAAGAUAAUAGAUUGUUGGCCAGAAUUCAUUUUUCUAUGGCACAGGUCUUAUUAACUCAAGAGAAAUUAGAUGAAGCUUUGGAAUGUUAUAAGACGGUAUCUCUUGUACCUCUAUCAUAUGCUGAUCAGGAUACUCUAGCGGUGGCAAAUAUGCAUCUAGCUGAUAUCUACACUUAUAAAAAACAAUUUCGAUUAGCUAUAGAAUCUUACAAAAAAUGUUUAGAUUAUAAUUCGGAAUGUGUACCGCAAGUUGAAAUGUAUAACAAUCUGGCAGCUAAUUAUUUUGAGGUUGGCCAAGAAGAGGCAGACGAGGAAUAUUAUCGAAAGGCUCUAGAAAUACGUAAGAAAAUAUUAAAUGUUUUCCCUUUAGAUGACCAAGAUCUAGGUAUAACAUAUUCAAUAAUUGGCACCAUAUACUAUAAAUUAAAUGAAUAUGACUUAUGUCUGGAACACAAGGAAAAAGCAAGAGAUCAUUUAUUGAAAAACGUGUCAAUGAAUAAUGAUAUUUUAACGAAUAUCUGUGAAUCAAUUGCUUCUUUUUACGAACUUCGUGGUGAAAUGGAAAAAGCAAUAGAAAAUGGAGAAUUACUAUUAAAACUGCAAAUGGAUAAGUUUGACUCAGAGAACCCAAAAAACUUGGAUAUAUUGGCGAAUCUUUGUAAUAACCUCGGUUCUUUAUAUCAUCAGGUUCAGAAUAUUGAGAAAGCUAUUGAAUGUGUUGAACAGGCUGUCACAUUUGAAAGAAUUGCAAAAAUUUCAAAUCCUGAACUUUAUGAUAAUAAUUUUGAAAUACUUCAAUCCCAAGUCAUCACAUGUGGCAAUCUUGCAGCACUAUAUGAAGAAGCUGAAGCCACUGAAAAACAAAUUAUAAUGCUGAAUAGAUGCCUCGAAAUUUAUAGUAAACUCGUACUUCAUUCACAACAGAAAACUGAUCUUGCUUUGGCUUCGAUGGCUGAAAUUUUCAAAAUGCUAGGUGGUUGUUAUUCAAAAUUAGAUGAUCAUCAUAUGGCGUUCAAAUCUUAUCAACAAGCACUGUAUUUUUUCAUCCAAUUAGGAUCCAAUAAUGAAACAAUGUCCAAUGAAUAUAAAGAAAAUUUGGAAAAUGCAAAAAUGAAAAUGAACAACAAAAGUUGA